AUGUAUUACUGGGUCGGAGCUACAUCUUCUGAUUACGCCGGAACUUCUCCCCAACCUCGCAGUGGUCAUUCUGCUGUUAACAUCGGCAAAUCCAAGGUUGUCGUCUUCGGCGGUCUUGUCGAUAAGAAGUUUCUCACUGAUAUCCUUGUCUAUGAUAUUGAGGCUAAGCUAUGGUAUAAGCCAGAGUGCACUGGAAGUGAUUCGGAUGGACACGUGGGUCCCAGUCCACGAGCUUUUCAUGUUGCUGUUUCCAUUGAUUGUCAUAUGUUUGUUUUUGGUGGCCGUUCUGGAGGUCAAAGGUUGGGAGACUUUUGGGUUUUGGAUACUGAUAUAUGGCAAUGGUCUGAAUUAUCCGGCUUUGGUGACUUGCCUUCAGCACGAGAUUUUGCUGCCGCUUCAUCUAUUGGGAACCGGAAGAUUGUUAUGUAUGGUGGAUGGGAUGGAAAGAAGUGGCUAUCCGAUGUUUAUGUUUUGGACACAAUAUCCCUCGAGUGGACGGAGCUCUCGGUUUCUGGAACAUUGCCACAACCUAGAUGCGGCCAUACUGCCACAAUGGUCGAAAAGCGGUUGCUUGUUUAUGGUGGAAGAGGAGGAGGUGGACCAAUUAUGGGUGAUUUGUGGGCUUUGAAGGGCCUUAUUGACGAAGAGAAUGAAACGCCCGGGUGGACUCAGUUAAAGCUUCCAGGUCAAGCUCCUUCCCCCCGUUGUGGCCAGACAGUUACAAAUGCAGGACACUAUUUGUUGAUGUUUGGAGGGCAUGGGACCGGUGGAUGGUUGAGUCGCUAUGAUAUCUACUAUAACGAUUGCAUUGUAUUGGACAGAGUUUCAGCACAGUGGAAGCGGCUGUCCAUAGGCAAUGAACCCCCUCCCGCGCGAGCAUACCACUCUAUGACAGCUAUUGGUUCACGGUAUCUGCUAAUCGGUGGCUUUGAUGGGAAAUCAACUUACGGAGAGCCAUGGUGGUUAGUCCCUCAAGAUGACCCGAUUGCAAAUAGAGUAACUGCAUCUCCACCCAGAAAUAUUCCUGAAAGUAACGAUGCAGCGUCAAUUAAUGGUAAUUUUCAAUCUCAAUUCAAGGAAAACCAAACAGAGAAAUUUCCUCUCUCAGAAUUGCAACAGAGAUUGCAAAUAUCAGUUUCACAGUCCAAUUCUAAUCUUCCAAUUGUGAAUGAAUUGGAAGAUAAAGAGCUUCUUGAAUUAGCUUCAAUAUUAGCAGGUGAAAAUGUUUCUGCAAGUUCACCGGCUAUUGAGGCGCUCCGUGAACACUGGAAGAAGGCUGAGCCUCAUAUAGUCAAACUCAAAGAGCUCGGGCCGUUGCUUCGGGAUUACCAACGUCUAAUUCACCGGCUUCAUCUAGGAAAGAACGCAUCUGAAGAGCAACCUGGAUUUGAUGAACACGCGAUGCAUCGAUUUUAUCACAUCAAAAACGUUUCUCAGUUGCGUAUGGAUGAUAUACCAAAACUUUUGGCGGAGUACAAACAGAUUCCUAUAUUAAACUAG